AAAAGGAGACAUGACUGGAGAUGAACAACAGCUCUUUCUCAUUGAAUUCCUGGUGGACCGUGUCAAUGUACCAGGGGUUCGUGCUAUGCACGAUGAAAUUUUACCUGCGUUAACCUGCGUCUCGUUCCAGGUAUUGAAUCUCCCACUGAUAACAAUUCACCAGGAUGACCCUGGGGCCUCCAACUGCGCUUGCUUGGAGGAGGCCCAGGUGUUCAGAAAAGGCAAAUCCUGUCUCUUUGCACUCCCCACAGUAAUUCUCAACAAAGAAUUACACUCCUUCCCAAUCACAAUGUCUGUCUACAAGAAACUUCCUCCUGGGGUUCUGCCGGAUGUGAUGCUAAUUGGGAGUGCAAUAAUCGACCUGAAGGAUUUGAUAAACUCGUUGCUGAAUGAAGAAGCCUUCAAGAGUGGCAAUCCGUGUAAAUCCAUGAAAGAUACUUUCAAAUUAUCAACAGCAACCGGUCAGAUAGUGGGUGACGCAACAGUGUUCAUCCGCACCUCCUGCUUUGGCUCGAAAAUCAUCACCCAGUUCCAGAUGCCUCACAACAAAAAGCCCUAUCUGUUCAAAGGAACAGAGGGGAGUCCGAUAUUCCAGUGCAGGAAAAUCCCCUCCAACUUGCCGCCUCCAGCAGCUCCAAGAUGUACAUGUCCCCCCAAAUCUGCAAAAGAGGACGGUGGCGGGAGCAGAGCCCGACGAAGUUGUUGUUCCUCACCAGUCCCACCGCCUCCACCGCCUCCAACCCCCACGAAGACCUGGGAUCCACCCGGGAAAGUGCCUUUCCGACCCUGCUGCCCAUCCCAACAAGGACAGAAGUGUCCCAGCUCGCCUGCAUCCCUUCCUCGAGACAAAAUUCCAGUUUCUCCAGGGUAUGAUCCAUCUAGGGCUACCGUGCGUGUCCCCACAGGCCAGAAGAAGUGCGGGUGUUCCAAAGAUCAUUCACAAUUUGUAAAUAAAUAUUGAUACAA